CAUCACAACAUUGCAGUAGUUUUCAGUAGCUGGAGCUCCUAAGCUUUUAAAAACAGGGUGAGGUUUCAUUUGAGUAACACCUGUCUUUACCAUGACUCCAUCAGAACUUUUUGAAAAAUAAUCCUGUCUUAGCCAAUCACCAUGUAAGGUUGAUUUAUAACCUCUGGAGUUAAAUUUUAAUUAGCACAGAUUAUAUAUGUCCCUAGUCCUAUUCACUCUUGUCUUGAUACAUCUAUACAAGAAAAAGGAUUCAGUCUCUGGAUUAUGGUUAACCAGACUAAAUCAUCUGUGAGGUCCCUUGAGCAGGGUGACAUUUCAUUGUUAUCCGUUUCUCCUAAAACAUUACCAAAGGUUUACACCCGUGCUUCCAUUCAUGAACAGCACAUGUUGAAAAGGAAAAUGGUCAAGAAGUCUCUUGUUGCUGGGCUGGUGGUCCUGCUUGUGGCUGCAGUGGGUUUUUUCAUGGGUGUGUAUUUGGGGAUCGGAAAUAAGAGGCUCACUGUAUCUUCGAACCAUUUCUACUCAAAAGCAGCUGUAGCAGCAGAUGCCGGGAAGUGCUCUGAGAUUGGGAGGGACAUCUUAAAGCGCAAUGGAUCAGCGGUUGAUGCUUCUAUUGCUGCUCUGUUGUGUGUCGGGCUGUUUAACUCACACAGCAUGGGCAUUGGAGGGGGCCUGUAUUUCACCAUAUACAAUGCAUUGACAGGAAAGGUGGAGACAAUUGAUGCCAGAGAAACUGCCCCAAUGAACGCUUCAGAGGACAUGUUUGGCAAUAACACCCAGCUGUCACGGAAAGGAGGGUUGUCCAUCGCCAUACCAGGAGAAAUCCGUGGUUACGAGAUGGCACACAAAAGACAUGGGAGACUGCCAUGGAGGGAACUGUUUCAGCCCAGUAUAGAAUUGGCACGCAAUGGUUUUCCAAUUGGCAGGGCCUUGGCCAAUGCCAUUGCAAAAAAUAAAGAGUCAAUUCUGAGUGACGUGACGUUGUGUGAAGUGUUUUGUGACUCAAACAAAAACCUCCUGAAGGAAAAUGAUAUUAUUAGAUAUCUCAAACUUGCUGACACCUAUGAGAAGAUAGCUGAAGAAGGGCCGGAUGUUUUUUACAACGGAUCUAUGGCCCAGAAUAUAGUGGAUGACAUCCAGGCUGCAGGAGGAAUUAUAACACUUGAGGACCUAAGGGAAUAUAAGCCAGUGUUAAAUGAGACUCCUUUAAAGUUAAAUAUGGGGGAGUACACCAUUAAUGUUCCUGAUGCUCCAUCCAGUGGACCUGUGCUCGCUCUGAUUCUUAACAUAGUAGAUGGUUUCAAUUUCUCAGACAGUAGUGUGUCCACUGCAGAGAAAAAGACUUUGACAUAUCAUCGUAUCGUAGAGGCAUUUCGUUUUGCUUAUGCCAAGAGGAGUAAACUGGGAGACCCGCGUUACCUCAACAUUACUGACCUCAUCCAAAACAUGACCUCAGACUACUUUGCAGACAACAUCAGGAGUAAAAUCACAGAUGACACCACUCACCCAGACACCUACUAUGAUCCCGAGUACUUUGUACCCGAUGACCACGGCACGGCUCACCUGUCAGUCAUCGCAGAGGAUGGGAGCGCAGUGGCGGCCACCAGCACCAUCAACCUUUAUUUUGGCUCUAAGGUGAUGUCACGGUCAACUGGGAUUAUCUUUAAUGACGAGAUGGAUGAUUUCAGCUCUCCUUACAUUACCAAUGGCUUUGGGGUUCCCCCUUCACCCAACAACUUUAUUCAGCCAGGUAAAAGACCACUUUCAUCGAUGUCCCCCACGAUAAUAUUUGACAAACACAACAGAGUCAAAAUGGUGGUUGGGGCCUCAGGUGGGACGAAAAUCACCACAGCAACUGCUCUGGUGAUCCUGAACUCGCUGUUCUUUAACUACGAUCUGAAGAAAGCGGUUACAGAGCCCAGAGUCCACAACCAACUCAACCCCAACAUGACAGUUGUGGAACAAGACUUCGAACAGAGUGUUCUUGAUGGCUUGGCUCAGAAGAAUCAUGUAACAGAGCUGCUGAGGACGCCAGGAGCAGUAGUGCAGGCCAUCGUGCGACAAGGGGACAAACUCUGUGCUGAAUCUGACCCCAGGAAAGGCGGCUAUCCUGCGGGAUAUUAAACGCCACUCCCUCUCGCCCCUCUUACAUUUUGUGGACCUUCAGUCAUUGGUGACUCAAUCAAGAACCAGGAAACUCUGAUAUAUACAUUCAAAAGCAAUACACCUCUCAGUCCAACAAUCAACAUGGACCUCAAUGCACAAGGUUGCACAAAGACUCCCUGUAUUUAUUAACUUUUUUCUUUUUGAUGGGAAAAUGUUUCAUUGGUAUCAAUAGUGCCUAACUUUCAUAUUGAACGGUCUAUGAUUUUACCAAGCUUAUUUAUUCCUUUUGUGUGUAGAGAAGAGUAUUGAUUAUCAGUAUGUGGGGGUCCUUUGGUACCUGAUUCCAUUGUAUAGGUUCUUUGUUGUGGAAUGGAGGUCCUUGGGUUAAUGGACAUGGGGUCAAUGUUGAGAGUGCUCCAAAAUGAGUAUAUGCGACUCUUGUUCAAGUCAGGGAAAUAAGUAUUAAAUUAACAUGGUAAUAACAUAUUACAGGUAUUUAUUGUAUAUCAUGCUUAUUGCAUGGGACUGAGAUUCUUCCCAGCUAACAGGGAAUGUUCUUAGAACUUUGGCUAACGUUCUGGCAAGGUUCUCCUCUAAUGUUAACAGAAUGUUUGUUAAAAAGUAAUGGUCUUUAAUAAUGUUCUCAAAAUAUUAUCGAUACAUUGAUUAUGGAACUUUUUUUCUGAAACGUUUUAGACUUUCGUCAUUUUAAACAUUUAACAUUUUUUUUAAUGUUACUACUUGAUUCAGAAUGUUUAGUAACAUUCAAAAGUAACGUUCCUAUAAUGUUUGCAAAGUGGAACAUUUCCUUAAUGUUCAUGCUUUUAAACAUUUAAAAUUGGGCGUUUUGAACGUUCAGAGAACAUUCAGAAAUAAAGGGAAUGUUAGCAAAACGUUCUUAGAACAUAUUUUUGUUAGCUGCGUUAUAAAGGGAUAAUUCUCCUUAAAAUUUAUAUUCAUUCAUUAUGUACUCAACAUCAUGUUGUUCCAAACCUGCUGACUUUCAUUCUUCUGUAGAACACAAAAGAUGUGUUAUUUGCUUGUCUCCGUGCAGUAACAAUGAAUGAUGAAUGGAGAUUUCAAGCUUCAAAAAUGGUGGCCAGUAUGACUUGUAUAUAUAAAAUCUAAUUUGUUAUUGUGUUCAACAGAAGAAAAAAAGUCACAAGUUUGGAAAACCUUUUUUUUUUUUUUUUUUUUCCCUUUUCUCUUCAAGUUUCUAUUUCAAGUUUCUAUUCAUGGUAGACACACACUGGAUAACAAUACACUGCUAAAAUGUGAGGAAACUCUAUUACUAUUUAUAAGCUGAAUGUUCGAUUAAAGCGGUAACCAACAUAUUCAUUUUUAAAUGGUGAACUGGAAUGAUAAUGUUCUUAUGAUGAAGAGAAGCUGUUAUUUACAUCAGAGCCAUUCAUAAGGAAAAUCCUGGGAGAACAGCAUGCAAGACAUCAGAUUACCUCACUGGACAUGUUACCCUCUGUAUACAGCCAUCCUCUCCCAAGAUGACUUGCAUAAUGUGAAAUGCUGAACGAUAAUAACAACUGUUUUUCUUUUAUGAGUAAAUGACUUGUGUACGUGAAACAGAUCUGAGCUUUAAGGCAGAAAAACAUUAUGUUCACUUUAGGUCUAAAUGUUACAUUAGAAGUCUGCAAGGCAAUAUAUAAUGUAACAUUGUGUAACUGUAACUUGAAAACAUUUCAGUAAGGCCAUGAAAAAAAAAGUUAUUAAGAUACCCAGGUCCAUCAUAAGUAACAACAUCUAAUAUGAAACAUGUGUACUGAGAUAUUCAUUAGAAUAAUCAUCAGAAGUCCCUGUUAUUAUCUAAUGUUAGUCUGAUUUUAUGUUGAAUUACAUUAAGAGCUAUCGCUAGACUGUUAAACGUUGUCCUUUUUGUCACCAAAUCAUAAAACUGCAAUAUCAUGCUGUAUAUAUGAUGUAUAUCAUAUUCAGGCUAUUUCAUUAAGCUAGAGAUGUUAAUGUUUAUCAUGAAAUGACACUGUGGUGGAAAUCUAUAGUGCAUUCUGACAAAUAAAAUACAUUUGUGUAUAUAUUUUUUAAA